UUGGCCUUUAAUCAUCUGUUUACUUGCAGAGUAUACAAAAGACAAUUUCAAUAACCAAAACUAACCAAAAGGAAAUUUAUUUCUAAUAAUCCAAAGAAGACAUUAUUUUCUUGUAACUAGUUAAUAAAUAACAAUAAUUAUGGUUGUAACAUCAGCUCACAAAAUCAUUAUAUUCCUAGGAUUUUUAUCUGUUAUACAUGCAGCUUAUUCAGCAGCCCAACACCGCUCUUACCUGCGAAUAACUGAACAAGAAUUUACAACAUUACCUAUAGAUAUCAUCAUUCAAGGAAUUUUCAGUCUUUUUGUCGUUAUGUACGGAGUGAUGUUUAUUGCAGGAGAUUUCAAAGAAAUCCGAGCUGUUGUAGACUUGGAGAACAAAUCAUGGGAAACUUUGCGCAACUUACCUUCGUUUCAAGUAUUCAAUCACAGAGGAAAAGCAAUGUCACCAGACCACUGCUUUUAAUUUUACAAGUAUUUUGUUAUACGCUUAUUUAUAAUUUACUACUGUAUUAAAUACCUAAACUUGUAAAUCUGAUAUUUAUGAAUCAAAUUUUAAUUCAUUAAAUAAAUAAAUAUUGAAUACAAAGUA